AUGGCUACUCCAUCUGUACAGACGCGCGCUACCGUUACGUUGCAAUCCCUGGGGUGGAACACUCGUCCAGAUGUACACAUUGAGCUCGCCGGACAGACAGAGCACUGCCCAAAUUCCUAUACAACUGGGGAUAUAAUUGAAGGGGCUGUCUUCAUUGGUGUUGACUGCGAGACAAGCGUUGAUGAGUUGGAUAUUAGAUUCGAAGGAUUUUCAGAAACACAACAAUCACAAGUGAUAGCCCUUCCGAGUCAAGCAACGGCCUGUCAUACCUUCAUGGAACUUCGCCAACCUAUCGGGGAUGCCGCAUAUCCGACGCCGUGUACGCUCGUUCCUGGCCGCAUAUACAGGUUUCCCUUCAUCUUCGUUGUCCCGGAGCGACUUCCUUCUGUUGCGUGUGCUCAUGCCACAUGCAAUCUCCACGUCAGACGCGCUCACACUUUGCUACCCCCGAGUCUAGGAGAUCCCAUGCUCACCAGUGACGGCCGCGCUUUGCUUGAUGAUAUGUCAUCCGAACUAUGCCGGAUCUCGUAUAGGAUCCGAACCUCCCUGAUGAGAAGACCUCUGGGCAACAAAAAUGCUAGGGAAACAUUGAGGGUCGUGGCGAAAAAAGUGCGAAUCAUUCCGGUGGUGGAAGAAGAGCCACCGUUGGUGGUCAACAACUUCGGGGAUGAUUAUUGCAUGCAAAACGUGAAGGACAUUAAAACAGGCAUUACAAGAACAAAGCGAGGCUCCAUUAUGGCUGCAGCAUCCCAGCCAAGCCCCCUUCAACUUUGUCCACCUGGUUCUCAAUCCCCAUCAAACGUCUGUACCAUAGCUACCGUUCAUCUGCGAUUUGACCCGAUCGGAGAUGAGCCACCACCACAGCUGGGCUCCUUGUGCAGUAAGCUCAGUGUGUCUACGUUCUAUACGAUCACUCCGUGGACCGACUUUCCAAGUCCCUCUUCCGUCGACUCCCUCGGAAGACACCACUACACAACGACAGUCUCCCUAUUGUCACUAUGCCUUUCAUCAACCAAGUGGACAAAGCAUUCAGCUGUCAGAAUGUCGGGCCAGAGCGCUUCGCUGGACUCGACUCCGGCCGAACCAUUUCCUAGCAUCUCUGUCACAGAGGAUAGGGGUACGUACUUCACAGCUGCGAUCAUUGUCCCAAUCACCCUCCCCUCAACGAAAGCAUUUGUGCCCACUUUCCACUCAUGCUUGAUAUCGCGGAGCUAUGCGCUGGAUCUGAGCAUAUCCUAUCACACACCACGCGCUAGUCUGUUGACCCCAUACCUAUCUCUCCGACUGCCAGUUCAGGUUACUUCAUUACCACGGUCGCAGGCUCUCACACCUCCUCCGCUCUAUCGCGAGCGGCGUACGACCCAAAUAGUGAUGAAACAGGGCGAAUAUAUUUAA